AUGUCUACCUUGUUGCGUCCAUCUCUCCGUGUCUAUCUCUUUGCGCUCUUUUCUUCGUGUCUGUCUCUUUGCGCCCGUCUCUCCCUGCCUAGCUUGUUGCACCCGUCUUUCUGUGUCUUUUUCGUUGCGUUCGUCUUUCCGUGUCUGUUUCUUUGCGCCCAUCUCUUCGUGUCUGUCUCUUUGCGCCAGUCUCUCCGGGUCGGUUUCUUUACGCCCGUCUCUACGAGUCUAUCACUUUGCGUCUGUCUCUCCAUGUCUUUUUUUUUUGCGUCCGUUGUUCCGUGCCAAUCUCUUUGCGCCCAGCUCUUGGUUUCUGUCUCAUUGCGCCAAUCUCUCCGUGUCUGUCCAUUUGCACCCGACUCUCCGUGCCUAUAUCGUUGCGCCCGUCUCUCCGUGUUGGUUUCUUUACGCCCGUCUCUCCGUUUCUGUCUCUCUGCGCCCGUCUUUCCGUGUCUGUCUCUUUACGCCCGUCUCUUCGUAUCUGUCCCUUUACAUCCGUCUCUCCAUGUCUUUUUCUUUGCGCUCAUCUCUCCAUGUCUAUCUCUUUAUUCCCGUCUCUCCUUUUCUGUCUCUCUGUGUCCGUCUUUCCGUGUCUGUCUCUUUGCGUCCGUCUCUCCAUAUCUUUUUCUUUACGCCCGUCUCUCCGUGUUUGUCUCUUUGUGUCCGUCUCUCUAUAUCUAUUUCUUUACGCCCGUCUCUCCGUGUCUGUCUCUCUGCGACCGUCUUUCCGUGUCUGUCUCUUUGUGCCUGUCUCUUCGUGUCUGUCUCUUUGCACCCGUCUGUCUCUUUGCACCCGUCUGUCUCCUUAAUCCAUCGCAUGAAGUCAUUCUAGAGGAGAAAACGCGUUACCCAGAAUUUUUUUUCCACAUAUCUAUCUAUCUAUCUAUCUAUCUAUCUAUCUAUCUAUCUAUCUAUCUAUCUCUGUUCAUAUCUAUCUUUCAUAUGUCAAUAUCUAUGUUAAUCUGUGCAUAUCAAUGUAUCUAUAUCGGUCUGUUCAUUAUCUAUCUAUCUAUCUAUCUAUCUAUCUAUCUAUCAUGUGUCAAUAUCUAUGUUAAUCUGUGCAUAUCAAUCUAUCUCGGUCUGUUCAUUAUGUAUCUAGUCUCAAUAUCUAUAUCAAUCUGUUCAUAUCUAUCUAUCUAUCUAUCUAUCUAUCUAUUCUCAGUUUCUAUCUAUUUAAGUCUCUUCAUAUCUAUCUAUCUAUCUAUAUAUCUAUCUAUCUAUCUAUCUAUCUAUCUAUCUAUCUAUCUAUCUAAAUCCGCAGAAUAG